CAGACGACCAGGAGCAAGCCAAGGGCUCACUCCGUAAACCCACGUUAAGAAGGAAUAUGCGACGGCAAAAUGGAGAGAGGGAAACCUAAGAUGGAAGUGAGAGGAAGUGGGACUCGAGGGAACUCUGCAGACCUCAGGAACCACCAGCGUCCACCUGAACGCUACUUCUCUGCCAUCUUCCACCGUAAUUUUCCCCUCCCGCCACCUGAGCAAUGGUCGCUGCCACAACAGCGACAACUACAGUCGACUCCGGGCACAUGCGACCCAGCGGCCCCCCACACCGAGACCAACACUGGGGAUGGGAAGCCAGCGGUCGCCAUUGCCGACACACGGUAUCUUGUAAAAGUCUACUCACUGAACGAGGACCAACAAUGGGAUGAUCUCGGCACCGGGCACGUCUCCUCUACUUACGUGAAGCGCCUCCAGGGUGUGUCCCUGCUCGUUAGGUCGGAUUCCCAGGCCUCACUAAUAUUGGAAUCAAAGAUAAAUUCAAAUACCCCCUAUCAGAAACAACAGGAAACCCUGAUUAUUUGGUCUGAAGGAGAGAACCAUGGUGUGGCAUUAAGUUUCCAGGACACUGAGGGUUGCCAUAAGAUCUGGGAAGAAAUUUGCCACAUUCAGGGAAAAGACCCAUCCAUCAAAAUCACACAAGAUCUCUUGGAGGAAUCCAAAGAGGAACAACUGCAUGACGUCCUGGAAACCAAUAAUGUGUUUGACCUGCCUAACUGUGAACUCUGUAAACUUGAAGAGAUUGCUGACUUCAUUACCGCCGUUCUCGCUUCACCGAUCCGUAAGGAGAGACUGGCUCUGAUCUUAGAAAAUGACGACUAUAUUAAAAAUUUGCUGCAGCUGUUCCACACUUGUGAGGACCUAGGGAACACUGCAGGCUUACAUCAUUUGCAUACAAUUAUUAAAGGCAUCUUAUUCCUUAACAAGACAGCUCUGUUUGAGAUCAUGUUUUCUGCUGAGUGUAUCAUGGAUGUGGUGGGAUGUCUUGAAUAUGACCCUGCUUUGGCUCAGCCAAAAAGGCAUAGGGAAUUCUUGACCCAAAAUGCAAGGUUCAAGGAAAUUGUACCAAUAACAAAUGGUGAACUUAGGCAAAAAAUACAUCAGACAUAUAAGAUACAGUACAUCUAUGACAUACUUUUGCCAGCACCAUCCAUGUAUGAAGAGAACUUUCUUUCGAGUCUUACAACUUUUAUUUUCCUCAACAAGGUUGAGAUAGUCAGCAUGUUGCAGGAUGAAAACUUUUUGUCUGAAGUCUUUGCACAGUUAAAGAAUGCGGCAAUAGAUGAUGAUAGACGGCGUGAAUUGCUACUUUUCUUCAAGGAAUUCUGUGCAUUUUCUCAGACAUUACAGCCUCCAAAGAAGGAUGCUCUGUUCAAAACACUGACAGAAUUGGGAAUUCUUCCUGUUCUUAAAAUCGUAAUGAGCAUGGAGGAUUUGCAAAUAAGGUCAGCUGCUACUGAUAUAUUUACUUAUCUCGUGGAGUAUAGUCCAUCCAUGAUUCGAGAAUUUAUCAUGGAAGAAGCUCAGGAGAGUGAAGACGGUAACCUUUUCAUUAACUUAGUCAUUGAGCAAAUGAUCUGCGAUACUGAUCCUGAGCUAGGAGGUGCUGUUCAUUUAAUGGGACUUCUUCGUACUCUUCUUGAUCCAGAAAACAUGCAUGCAACAUCUACUAAAUGUGAAAGAAGUGAAUUCCUAAAUUUUUUCUACAAGCAUUGUAUACACAACUUCAUAGCACCACUUUUUGCCACCACUUCAGAAGAUAUAUGUGAAGGGGAUAGUGAAGUUGGGUCCGACGAAAACAACACACAUUGCCUCAAUAAUUAUCAAACAGCACAGCUGCUUUCUUUAAUUUUAGAGCUGCUCACAUUUUGUGUGCAACAUCACACAUACUACAUAAAAAAUUAUAUUUUGAGCAAAGACUUGCUAAGAAGAGUCUUGAUCUUGAUGAAUUCAAAGCACACUUUCCUGGUCUUGAGUUCGCUCCGCUUUAUGAGAAGGAUGAUUGGCCUUAAAGAUGAACUUUAUAAUUGUUACAUCAUCAAGGGAAAUCUUUUUGAACCAGUUGUCAAAGCUCUUCUGGGUAACGGAACUCGGUACAAUAUGUUGAAUUCAGCUGUUAUUGAGCUGUUUGAAUACAUAAGAGCGGAAAAUAUCAAAUCUCUUAUUAUACAUAUAGUUGAAAAGUUUUAUAAGGCACUUGAAUCGAUUGAAUAUGUCCAGACAUUCAAAGGAUUGAAGAUUAAAUAUGAACAAGAAAAAGACCGGCAGAAUCAAAUACGGAAGAAUUUACAUUCUAUCUUGCAUAGUAAAAUACUUCGCAGGAGUACCAGAGUCAUGGACAAGAAGGAAGAAAAGUGUCUUAAAGGAAAUUCAGAGGAAGGAGAAGCAACUAUGUCACCACUGGAAGAUGAUUUUCAAGAUCGUUUCAAAUUUAUGGAGACUAAAAAAACAAAGGAAAAUGAAGACAAGGUAGCUCCUCCUAAAAGAUCAUCUUCAGGGGGCUACAAAUACACCUUAUCCCAUUCUGCUGCUGCUGCUAAUGGAACACGUAGCCUGCAGGGUAGCAGCACUGUUGGCUUCAUGAAUCCUCCCGAUGAUGAUGAAAAAGAUAAGGAAGAUGAAACAUCUCCCAGGAAGAGACCACAUCUUAGCCUGUAAAAUCUUUAUGCGAGACCCUCAACAAUACUAAAUUCUAUGAAUAUUCAAUAAACAUCAAUUAGCUGAAAAGUCUGAAUCCAAAAGCUUUCUAAUUUGAACUUCUAAGUAUACAAUAAGUAACAAAGAUGUCAGUGUCAUCAACUAGGAUGGUUUAGUUCUGUAAAAACCAAAGUUCACAGAAUUCAUAAAAAAAAAAGAAAGAAA